AUGGACUCUCACAGACAAGACAUUGCCCCGGCCGCGGCCCAGACCGAUGGCCCGGCCCUCGAGCAAAAGUUCUCCAAGUCCGACGUCGAGGCCGCGCACAACUCGGGCGACAACAGCAUGGUCGACACCUCCAACGAGGGUGAGCUGAUUGAUUUCAAGACGCUGUCCUGGUGGAAAGGUGGCAUUGUCCUCAUCGCCGAAACCGUCUCUCUCGGAAUCCUCUCCCUCCCCUCCGUCGUCGCCACCCUCGGCCUCGGCCCCGGCAUCGCCCUCAUUCUCGUCAUGAGCUUCCUUUCCACAUACUCGGGUCUCAUGCUCGGCGAGUUCCAAAAAGAGUAUCCCUUUGUCGAAAACUUUGGCGAUGCCGUCGAGGUCAUUGGCAGAACCAUGGGCUCCAUCGGCCUCUUUGGUUUCAACAUUACCUUUGCCCGCAUCUUCCAGGAGGUCUUUGGCUGGGCUCAGGCCAUCUUCCAAAUCUUCGUCAUGGGCGCCCAUCUCCUUACCUGGACCAUCUGCCUCAACGCCCUCUCCGACCACUCUGCCUGCACCAUAGUCUGGGCCGUCGUCGGUCUGGCCGUCUUCUGGGUCCUCAACCUCCCCCGCACCCUGAAACACACCAGCUGGAUGUCCAUGGCAUCGUGCAUAUCAAUCACCGUCGCCACCCUCAUGACAGUCGGCGAUGUCGGCUCCAACAAGCCCGUCGGCUCCACCGCCGUUGAAGCUGCCAGGACGAUUCCCUUUACAUCGGCGUUCCUCGCUGUUACCAACAUUGCCGUUGCCUUUUCCAGCCACUCUUGCUUCUUUGGCGUCAUCGGCGAGUUCCAGAAGCCUCAGGACUGGCCCAAGGCCCUCGCCCUCCUCCAGAUUGUCGACACAUCCCUGUACCUGGUAGCUGCCAUCGUCAUCUACUACUACAUUGGCCCUGGCGUGCCCUCGCCUGCUCUCUCUGCCGCCGGCUCCGACACCAUGCGCAAGGCCAUCUGGGGUGUCGCCAUUCCCACCAUUGUCAUCGCCGGCGUCAUUUACGGCCACGUCGCGGGCAAGUACAUCUUUGGCCGCAUAUUCAAGAACAGCAAGCACCUUGUCCGCCGCACCUUCGUCUCCGUCGUCGGCUGGUCUGUCAUGACCCUCGCCAUGUGGGCAUUUGCUCUCAUCAUUGCCGAGUCCAUCCCCGUCUUCAACUCGCUGCUCGGCAUCCUCUCGGCGCUCUUUGUCUCGUGGUUCUCGUAUGGCCUUCCCGGCAUCUUUUGGCUGUGGAUGCGCAAGGGCUCGUGGUUCAGCACCCGCGCUCGCACCUUUGCCUUUUGCGCCAACGUCACCCUCGUCAUCACCGGCACCUUGCUCUGCGUCCUUGGUCUCUGGGCCUCCAUCGAGGCCAUUGCCAACGAAAAGGGCACCAAGCCCUGGUCUUGUGCCAACAACGCCCCCAAGUCGUUUGCGGAGAUGGCUCAGGAGGCUGCCCAAAAGACUGCCUAG